AGAUUAAGUGUGUGAAACAACAAAAAUGCCCGCAAAGCGUGAAGGACAGCUGGAAAAAUGCAUAGAUGAAGCAACCAGAAAACACAAUUUCUGGGGACUGGAACAGUUUUUGGAAACUGAUAUUUCUGAUGGUAUUUCUCACAAAUGCAGCAAACAGUUUCUCAACAAACUAGACAAGCUUAUGUGUGAGGGCCUUGCCAGUGAAGAAAUCAAAAAUGUUUCCACAUUGUUGAACACUCUUCAGAAACAUGGCAGAAAUAUCAACAUGUUAGGUGAAGUUGGUUUUCCAGCAAUGAUAGAACAUGGUCUUGUUCAAAAGAUAAGUAUAUGAAUCUAGAAAAUAAUUCUAAGGACUGAUAAAAGAUGAAGAAAUAGUCUCUAGGUUUCCAUGUAGUUUAGCAGCUGGGUUAUGAUUUUGAUUCAAUAUUCAUUUAUUCCAGCUUCCUUUAUAUAUCAAUCUAAACUACAGUUU